AUGUCCUGCUGCGUGUGUAGCCAGCCCUUGGCGAGGCUGAACAACUGGCCCCCGUUGCCGUCCUUCUGCCCGGUGAAGCCUUGCUUUUACCAAGACAUCCCCGUGGAGAUCCCUGCUGACUUCCAGAAGACCGUUUCUACCAUGUAUUACCUCUGGAUGGCCAGCACCAUUGCUCUCUUCCUGAACUUCUUGUCCUCGCUGGCCUGGUUCUGUGUGGAGCCCUCGUCCGGUUCUGGGUUCGGCCUCUCCAUUCUCUGGGCUCUCCUCUACACGCCCUGCUCCUUUGUCUGCUGGUAUAGGCCGAUGUACAAAGCUUUCAGGAGUGACAGUUCAUUCAACUUCUUUGUCUUCUUCUUCGUCUUCUUUGCCCAGAACGUGAUGUAUGUGCUGCAGGCGAUCGGCAUACCAAACUGGGGAUUCAGUGGCUGGAUAUUGAGCCUGAUAGCGCUGCGGAAGAACACAGCCGUGGCUGUGAUGAUGAUCCUGGUGUCCUUGUUCUUCACAGCAGUGGCUGUGUUGGGCAUCAUUAUGCUGAAAAAGAUCCACUCUCUGUACCGCCGGACGGGCGCCAGCUUCCAGAAAGCCCAGGAGGAGUUUGCCGCGGGGGUCUUCUCCAACCAGGCGGUGCGCACUGCAGCGGCCAACGCUGCCACAGGGGCCGCCACCAAUGCCUUCCGGGUGGCCAAUGCUGCCACAGGUGCCGCCACCAAUGCCUUCCGGCUGGCGCUGUCUGGGCUCGUCGGCAUCGUCUCCUGGAAGCGGCCGCUCACCCUGGUGAUCACCUUCUUCACGUUGCUGUCGGUGCUGGGCGUCAUGCUGAGUCUUGCCGGGUCCAUCCUGUCCUGCCAGAAUGCGCAGCUGGUGAAGUCCCUGGAGGCCUGCGAGAGGGAGAGGGACUCGUGUGUCUGCUGCCAGGCCCGCUCAGAGCCGCUGCCCGCCUCCUGCAGCCAGCAAAGCGAGAUGCUGACCAUGUUCCCCAACCCCGACUGCCGGAGCAUCCGCGUAGCGCUCAAGGAUCUCCUCUUCAGUGUCUGCGGCUUGACCGUCUUCUCCACCAUCAUCUGCACGCUCUCUGCUGUUGUGUGCUGCAUCCAGAUCUUCUCCCUCGACAUCGUCCAUGUGCUGGUCCCCCAGCGCUCAAGCUCCGUGACGCUGGAAUGCACGUCCCCCCCCGACACCUUUCUGCAGAGCAUGAUGGACUUCGAGGAGUUCGUGCCCCCAGUACCGCCACCCCCCUACUACCCACCCGAGUACACCUGCAGCUCCGAGACUGAUGCGCAGAGUAUCACCUACAACGGGUCCAUGGACAGCCCUGUGCCCCUCUACCCAACCGACUUCCCCCCCUCCUACGAGACCGUGAUGGGGCUGCGGGGGGACAGCCAGGCCACCCUGUUUGACUCGCAGCUGACGGAUGGCUCGCACGCCUGCACCUGCGACCGCGUCCCCUCCAUCGUGCUCAGCGGAGAAGUGUCCAUGGACAGCGGGUCCCUGAUCAUGUCCGAGAUCAUGGACAUCCCCGGGGACAGCAGUCCCUCGGAGGACUCGUGCCUGCUGGAGCUGCAGGGCUCCAUGCGCUCUGUGGACUACGUCCUCUUUCGCUCCAUCCAGCGCAGCCGCGCGGACUACUGCCUGAGCGUGGACUGCGUGCAGUGCAGCCACCACGCGCGCAGCCCCAUGCUGGGCUUGCAGGGGCCCUUUGAGGAGAUGCCUCAGCCCCGGGUGCGGGGGGAGCGUUCCUACUCCUGCUCCACGGCAGAGCCCGGCCACGACGGCAUCCUGGUGGGGGGAGCCGUCACCCACAGAUGCCAUCCAGAUUUCAGGGAAGUACUUUAUACCAAAGCACUGGAGGACACCGUGUCCAACUCCUCUGCGGAUACAGGGCUGUGCUCGGAGGCCUGCCUGCUCCGCCGUUCGCACUGUGACUCCCCCCCGCUGCUCCGGGCUGGCUCAGCGGGGAAGAGCAAGCUGCUGCCCUCCAAGAAGGUGACGCAGCAGCUGUCGAAGACAACAACCCGUUCCCUGGGGGACCUCAAGGUCUGCCGGGGCACCCGCGGGCUGGUGGCCAGGUUCCUGCAGAGACCCAAGCGCAGCCCAGCAGCUGGCAUGGAGGUGCCUGGGCACAGCUCCCAGGGGCACAAGCAGUCAUCGCAGCCCGGAGGCAGUCGCUGGGAUGUCCCAGCCUCGGCUUACGGGAUGCUGGAGACCUUGUGCAGCCCAGGAGGCCCUGACAGGAACGAGCCCGUCCUUAAUGACAGCGUACCCACGUGA